UCUUGUGUCUACGCUGAACAGAGCCUCUAUAACAGCCACAACUUUUUAUCAUCGGCGAUAAAAGUUUGAUUUUAAAAAUGGAAAAUGACAAGGACAAAGAGGAGGCGACCACGGACCCGGAGGAUGAGGGGAAUGGUCUGGAGUGGCUCCUGAGAAGAGACAGCACUGAGAUCACCUCUGCACCCAUGGACACCAACAUUUCUGUUUCCAGUGAUGAUACACACUCAGAUGACGACAGUCAAGUCUGUGGUGAAGACUUCACCAGGGAGAGACUCUUCGAAGCUGCAUCCGACAGGGAUUCCUCUCAACUCACAGGACUACUCGAGUACCUGAAAGCAAACAAAAAGCAGCUCACAAGCCCUGAGUUCAUAGAUGAGUCCAAUGGGAAAACUGCUCUCCUAAAAGCUCUGCUGAACCUGAAAGACGACAAAAACGACACCAUCGAAGUUUUCCUGGACAUAGCAGAGAAAACUGGAGACUUAGAGAAUCUGGUCAACGCAUCCUACAAAGACUGGUGUUACAAAGGUCAGACAGCUUUGCACAUCGCUAUUGAGAGAAGAAGCUUUGAACAUGUGAAGCUGCUGGUCCAGAAAGGAGCAGACGUCCAAGCCAAAGCCAAUGGGAGCUUCUUCCAGAAUAAUGGACAACCAGGCUUUUAUUUUGGUGAGCUUCCUCUGUCGCUGGCUGCCUGCACCAACCAGCCUGAGGUCGUGUCCUUCCUCAUGGACAACCCUUACAAAAAAGCUGACGUGACCGAUAAAGACUCCCAAGGAAACACUGUCCUGCACGCCUUGGCAGUUUUAGCAGACAACACAGACGAAAACACUGACAUGAUUUCAAGAAUGUACGACAGCAUCCUCAUUCAGUACCACAAACUUGAGAAAAAAGCUAAAGUCCAGCUGGAGGAGAUUGAAAAUAAUCAAGGGUUGACUCCUCUGAAGUUGGCUGCCAAGCUUGGCAAGAUCGGGCUGUUCAAGCAUAUGCUUCACCGGGAGUUUCCAGAGAAAGAGACAAAACCUCUGUCCAGGAAGUUUUUGGAGUGGGUCUACGGACCAGUGCAUUCUUCACUUUAUGACAUAUCCUCCAUCGACACUGAUGAAGAAAACUCUGUGCUGGAGAUAGUCGUCUUCGGGAGUGAAAUUCCAAAUCGUCCUGAGAUGCUCCAGAUCGAACCUCUUCGUAGUCUCCUCAAGGAUAAGUGGGACAGGUUCGCUUCCAAGUUAUUCUUCAUGAAUUUCCUGGUGUACCUGGUGUACCUCACCAUCUUCACCAUCGUGGCCAUCCACAGAAAGGAAGGCAAGCCACCGUUUCCCAUUGAAGAAGUCCCUCUAGACUAUUGGCGGGCCAUCGGUGAGCUCAUCAGUGUCCUCGGAGCCGUCUGGUUUUUCUACAAAGCGGUGAUCAUAUUUAAAAGGAAUCCUCCAAAGUUCAGCAACCUCUACACUGAUGGAUUCUGUGACAUUCUGUUCUUCCUGCAGGCAACACUCCUUCUGAUCUGUCCGAUCCUGUACUUCUGUCGAAGGAAAGAGUACGUGGGACUGUUGGUGAUCUCUCUGGCUCUGGCCUGGAUUAAUAUUCUGUACUACGCAAGAGGAACUAAACAGCUGGGGAUUUAUAAUGUCAUGGUGCAAAGAAUGAUCCUGAGCGACAUCUUGCACUUUUUGUUCGUUUACAGUGUUUUCCUUUUGGGAUUUGCUGCCGCUAUCAUGGCUCUAAUGAAAGACCCACCUCCAGAUCCACCCUCCAACGCCACAGUCGCUCCUGAAAUUGUCAUAAGUGACGUGGCUGUUAUUUGUGACAAACCGUCCUUCACCGACAUUCGCUUCACGGUUCUGGAACUGUUCAAGUUCACCAUUGGAAUGGGAGACCUGCAGUUCACUGACCAGGUCCAGUACAAGGAGGUCUACUACAUCCUGCUCAUCCUGUACAUCGUCCUCACCUACAUCCUGCUGCUCAACAUGCUCAUAGCUUUAAUGGGGUUCACAGUGGAACGGAUGUGGAGGGAGAGUGAAGACAUCUGGAACCUACAGAGGUCUCUUACUAUUUUGGACAUGGAGGGGACGAUGCCAAAGUGGCUCCUGGAUAAACUGUUCUCCAGAAGACCAUCGAGGAUCGUCUGCCUCCGACGGGAACAGGACACCAGGCGGAGGUUUUUAAGGGUGGAGGAGAUCAACUGGACCCAGUGGCGAUCAGAUCUCUGUGAGGAGGAAGAUCCAGGGAAUGAGAUGAUGGUAUCAGAGUCUCAGGACCAGACUAACAAGACACGGUUUAAAAUUCAGCCGCUCAUGGAGAGAAUUCGUGCCAAACGUCACCAACCACAGGAAUCCGAAAUCCCCUGAACUCAUCACAUCAGCAAAACUUUACUGGAAAUGUUGAUGUUUAGACUGAGUUUUUAUUUAUUUUUAAAGUCAGAUGGGUCAGUAACGUGUCUGUUCAUAUGAUUUUUGUAAAAAGAAAAUUAAAUGCAGCCUUGGUUCUGCAGGAACUACACUCACUGUGGUAAAUAUUACAUUGUGUGCAUGAUUUUAACUCUUUUAGGACAGUUUUUAUUCACUAUCAUCAGAUUUCAAUUAGAUAUUGUUAACAUGUUUGUCCAUAGUUCCGCAGGUAGAAUGACAGCUAUAUGUUUGAAGUUACUUUUACUAUUUUGCUGCUAGUACUUGUUCCUUUUGUACAUUGCUGUAUUUCUUCUUCUACUUAAAGGGCUCAUAUUUCUCUAAACCCACUUUUAUUAGUCUUUGGUUCAUUUAUUUGUGUAUUUGGACCCUAAUAGUUCAUACAGUUUGAAUUUAAACCCUCCAGAUGCUGCAAAACUUU